AUGAACGAACAAGAGGAGCAGGCAGUAGGAUCUCAUGUAGGAAGAACUCGUUUAGAAUCUUAUUUAGAUCCAACUAUACAGGAAUCAGAGAUCCAUCUGCACGAUAUCAAUUUGGCUGUUCACAAUGUCGAAAAGGUGUUCGAGUGCAAGCAAUGCGGCAAGUCGUUCAAGCGCUCGUCCACGCUGUCCACGCACCUGCUCAUCCACUCGGACACGCGCCCCUACCCCUGCUCCUUCUGCGGAAAGCGCUUCCACCAGAAGUCCGACAUGAAGAAGCACACCUACAUCCACACCGAAAAAUGUCUAUUUAAAUUCGAUAAUUCUAGUAUUGAAAACACGCAAGAACGAUGA